UGGACAGGAUUCGGUUUAUUAUGGACUGAGAUAACAGACGCUGUGGGAGACGGACAGAGCAACAUCUGGAUAUUUAAAUCUCACUCACACCACAAAGAGACACAUCCCGCUCUGGACAGGAUCCAAACUCCCUCCAUCAUGAAGAACAAUACAAACCCAGAGAGCAACAGCGUCGUGAGCAAUGACUUCUCCACGUCCUUCGGCGCCCUCAUCCUCGGCCUGGUCUGCCUCCUGGGCGUCCCUGGCAACUUCUUCAUCGUCUGGAGCAUCCUGGCGCGCGUCCGACGACGCUCGGUCACCACCAUCCUCAUCCUCAACCUGGCGUGUGCCGACGGCUUCCUCAUGAUCCUCACCAUCUUCUUCAUCGUCUACCUGGCCAAGCAGACGUGGGUCUUCGGUAACCCCUUGUGCAAGGCCCUGUUCUACCUGUGCAACUCCAACAUGUACGCGUCCAUCUUCCUGAUCACACUGAUGAGCGUGCACAGGAUGGUGGCGGUGGUGUUUCCCAUGAAACUGCCCUCCGUAGCCAGCAGGAAGAUUGUGAGGAGGGUGAUCAUGGGCAUGUGGGCGCUGGUGCUGCUCAUUGCGAUUCCCUCACUGGUGUUUCGGGACGUGAGAAUAGACAAAGACGAACAGAAUAAGAGCAGAAUUGUGUGUGCGCCCAAUCACACCCUUCCUCGACAUGUGCGUUUCCAGUACGCCUUCGAGACAGUGUCGGGAUUCAUUCUUCCUUACGCAAUCAUCAUUACCUGCUAUGUUCUCAUCCUGCGGCGCCUGAGGCAGACCACGUUCCGGAGAAAGAUCCGCAGCGAGAAGCUCAUCCUGGCCAUCGUGGUGAUGUUCGGCGCCUUCUGGCUGCCGUACCACGUCAUCAACAUGAUACAGGUUGCAGCGAUGUGGUACCCAGCGGAUUCACCCACCAAAAAAAUACUGGACCACAUCACUAAGUCGAGUCGUGCCAUCACCUCAUCGCUGGCCUUCAUCAGCAGCUGUGCCAACCCCGUCCUCUACACCUUCGCUGGGAAGUCCUACAUCAAGAAGAACGGCUUCACCUUCAUGGCGAAGCUCUUUGAGGGAGCGACGUCGGACCACUCGGGAGCCAAGACGACUCAGGUCGGGGAUACAGACACUGGUUAUACAGCAGCUGCGACCUGAACAAGUAUUAUGGAUUUGUAGAUACUGUGUUGAAACUUGAGUUUGACUGAAACAAUCAUGUUUAACUGACGUGUAAAUAGUUAAUUUUUUUUUACAUUUGUAUCAUUUAGUUUUACAUUUUGUGGCAGUUAGAGAAUAUAAUUUUUAAUAUAAUAACAAGAACAUGAGAAAAUGCAAUGUGAGAAAAACACAAACUGAAAUUCUUUAAGAACCUUUCUUCAACUCGCUCUAUUUACCAUUUGCAGUAUAUAUAUUUUGUGAAUGUUUAAGAAACUACUUUUAUGCAGUAAUAAUACUUAUUGCCAGAUUUUGAACACAAUUGUCCUAUUACAUUUUAUUUGACUGCGUUCUACAUCAUUUGUUUACACAGCAGUCUCCACUAAUGGACAGGAGGUUUGCUCGUAAACAAAAAUACUUUACAGCUACACAACAUUGUUAUAAAUUAUAGUUCUGCUCAAAUAGUUUUUAAUCAUAGGAAUGAGUAGUGUUGCCUGUAGAUCCUUAUUUUGCUUUAGAUUAAUGGCGUUGAGCUUAAUUGUAGCUCAGUCUUGCACAUUCCUGUUUUAGACCAGAGGUCAUUGAACCAUUUCAUCAACAGCUCAUUGAAUAAAUCAGUAUUAAAGAAAUCUGGUAAAUAACAAGUUUCAUAAGAAUGGAAAACUUUAGAGGGUGGAUCACUGUUUAGAAAUGUCAGGAGCUGGAUUUUGACAAGUUCCCAGGUGCAAACACUUCUCUUUACAUUUUUAUAAUGCAACGCUUGGGUUUCUUGUUACUUUCUGCAAUCAUGACAAUUGUAAUUGAGUUUCUGUUUGUCUGCCUUUGUAAAUCUCAACUUUGAGUAAUGCACAUGUAUUGUUAAUGUAAUUCUUCAAAGCACUGAAUUGUGACAUAUUCAUAUCCCUGUUUUUUAAGCCCCCAUUCUUAGGAUAUAUCAUGUGAUCAUUCCCCCCCCCAAAUAUCCCUCUUUGCAUGUCAUGUUUGUUUCCCGCUAAAAUAAUUGAGACAGUCAGCAACUUCGAAACACAUCCAACUACUGAUAAACCGACCAAUGUCUCUGAUCUGCAAAUUAAAAGAACACUGCAGUUUUA